UCUGUCAGUGUCACACCCUCCCGACGAACAAUCUGGCGGACGAAUCGGGAUUUUGGGUUUACAAAAAUGUAUACGUAUUUAAUCUCUUACCAAUCAAACAGAACGUAUUUAUUUGUAAGCGAUAAGCUUACACACUAAAAGUGAACUAAUUUCAGACACUCAUAAAUCAGUGCCAUCAAGAUUAUGAAGUAGCUUGCGAGGCAAAUGACCACGUUAUCAUUCCAGCUCGUGUCUAGUCCAGUGUGAAUGUUGUGUGUGUGAAUUAUGAGAUUAUCAUUGCGUUAUGUAUGAGUACGACAUUGACGACCGCAACAUGAAGGGAACCCUCCGGGACUGGCGCAAGGCGCUGCGGACGCCCGCCACCUACCGGGUCGGCAACGCCGUGAGGGUGCAGCCGCAGUUCGUCCUGCUUAUGAUAAUAGUCGGUGCCUUCCUCCUAUUCUUGUUCUACUACAACUGGUGGACGGGGCUCAGUGGGCACUACCCCGAGCACCGGUGGUCGCAGGCCCUCCGUCCGUACAACGCUACAUAUCCCCUCAGUGCUCCUAUAGUGUCCAACGAUAUAGUGACGCUAAAGAUUGGCUUAGUCGCCGAUCUAGAUACAGACUCAAAGAGUAAAGUGAACUCUUAUACAUUUAACAGUUACUUUAAAAAAGGAUAUUUAAGUUACCAUGCGGGGAAGAACUAUGCGGUGGUCUCGUGGGACACGAACCCUCCCGUGUUAUUGACUUCAACAUAUUCCCAUAAGGGUAGAGGCAUGGAGUUGUCUGAACUGAUUGUGUUUGAUGGCAGGUUGUUGACCUUUGAUGAUAGGUCAGGCAUGGUAUUUGAGAUCUUAAACAACAAGAUGAUACCGUGGGUGAUCCUGACGGACGGGAACGGGAAGGUGGAGAAAGGCUUCAAGUCGGAGUGGGCCACCGUUAAGGACGAGGUCUUGUACGUCGGGUCCAUGGGCAAGGAGUGGACAACUGCUGGAGGAGACUUCCAGAGCUACGACCCCAUGUGGAUCAAGACUAUCAAUGUUAAUGGGGAGGUGCAGCACCUGAGCUGGAUCAACCAGUACAAGGCGGUGCGCGGCGCCGUCGGCAUCCAGUGGCCCGGCUACAUGACGCACGAGUCCGCCGUGUGGUCCGCCGCCACUGAGAGAUGGCACUUCCUCCCUCGCCGCUGCAGCUCCGCCUCGUACAACGAGACGCUGGAUGAAGCGCGCGGCUGCGACCGCCUCGUCACCGCCGACAACUACUUCAGCAGCGUCAAGGCUGUUAAGAUCACAGAACACAAACCAAAGUUCGGUUUCUCUUCAUUCAAAUUCGUCCCCGGCACAAGAGACGAGGUCAUCGUGGCUCUGAAGACCACAGAGUUCGAAGGCAAGACCGCCACCUACAUCACAGUGUUCAAAACUGACGGGACCGUCUUGUUACAAGAUACGUUUGUGGAGAAUAUCAAGUAUGAGGGCAUUGAGUUUAUUUGAUAGUCAGGUUUAGAUGAAAAUAUGUGUGGGACAAGUCUAAGAUAGUGUUAGUUUUCUUUGUGUGAAUCGAAAAUUUAUAAAAAGAAGAUUCAGCUUUGAGUCAUGACCUCGGAAAAUUGCGGCAUGGAUUUUUAACAGUGCUAGCCCCAAGACAGAUUCUUAUGUGUGUAGGUAUGUGAAGGCACAUUGGCCAGUCUUUGUAUUUGAAUGUUCAAACGCAUUUCUUAGACUUGUUUCAUUCAAUAAUGAUAGUUUAUUUCCUUUCCUAAAUAUUUAUUUACCUAAUUUUGUAAAUAUGUAAUAUACUUCAUUUUGUAACUAUGUUCGGUCUUAUCUUGUGUGAUAGUAGGGUAUAAUGAUUUAGAAAACAAAUUAUUAAUUUAACGCAUUUAUUUGUAUAAAAAUAUCACAAUUAUGUCUUACAUGUUGAAUUUGAGUCAAACAGUAACAAAAUAAAAUCGGAUACCAUUAAAGGUAACAUUAUUUCUUA